GGUCACCCGCAGCGACUGUCUCACCAUGUGUUGAGGAAGUUCCUGAUGUUGGUCAUCUUCCUGGACCGAGCCAAGUUGACGCGAUUCCUAGACCACAACCCCUGUCUCUUCCAGCCUUCUGCCACCAUCAAGUCAAGUCGUGACAUGCUCCAGCGUUUCUCACGCAAGUAUCUGGCGGGUGAAGGAGACAUUAUCAGACACCUCUCACUUGCCAGAUAUGUGGUCACUCACGUUCAGACGGCUCUGGAUGAAUUUGACUAUCAUGUGGAGAACUUGGCCACUGAUCUCAGAGAUGGACUCAGAAUUACGCGGCUGGUGGAGAUAUUGACUGGUGACUGGGAGUUGUCUCGUCAGCUGAGAGUCCCUGCUACCACCAGAAUGCAGAGACUGCACAACGUGGAGGUGGCCCUGAGCAGCCUAGGUCGCAGCAUGCCAGUGUAUGAGAGGUCUGGUGAGGCCGUGGUGGAUGGCCACAGGGAGAAGACUCUCGCCCUCCUAUGGAGCAUCAUCUUCCACUUCAAGGUGAAGCUCCAGCUGAACGUGUCGGAGCUGAAGGAGGAGAUAGCGGUGCUGGAGAGCCAGAGACCACACCAUCUCUCCUACCAGUUCAACACUGGCCGGCGGUCGUCCCUGGAGCCAGUCAUCUUCCCUGACCCCACCCUCUCCCUCAUCCUCCACUGGUGCCGGGCUGUAGGGAACCUCUACGGCGUCCAGGUGUGCAACUUCACCAAUUCCUUCUCAGACGGCCGUCUGCUGUGCUACCUCAUCCACCACUACCACCCCUCUCUCCUCCCUCUCCACCUCAUCACCAACUACACCACUCUCUCUGAGCCUGCUGUGUCAGUGAAUGCAAAUGACGAUUCUCUCAAUGAGAACACGACGUGCUGGACAGGAACCUUCAGCCCUACAACUGGUAAAGACCCAGUGAGAGAGAGGCUUCUGGAGAAUGAGAAAAACAACUUUAAGCUCGUGGCUGAGAAGUUGUGUGCUCUCGGAGGAGUUCCUCUGCUGGCUCUAAGGAAAGAAAUGUCAAAUACCCUCCCAGAUGAAAAGGUGGUCAUCACCUAUGUGUCGUACCUCUGCCACCAACUUCUACUGCUCCGGAAGGAGGGCCGAGCAGCUGUGGUGAUCCAGAGAGCCUGGAGAACACACAGGAGAUUCGUACAGAGCACUGCAGCUGUCAAGAGGCAACAAGAGGCAACUCUAGUCAUUCAGGCCUUUGCUCGUUCAACCUUGGCUCAAAAGCGAUACCACCGACUCAAACAUGCCGUGUGUACCAUUCAGCACACCUGGAGGUCACAUAGAUUAACUAAAGUCCAGCGACAUAAGUAUCUGGAGCUGCGGGGAGCCACAAUAGUCUUCCAGAGGAGACUCAGAGUGUGGCUUCAGUUAAAGGCAAGGAACAGAAGUGUUACAAUCAUCCAAACGUGCUUCAGGGGCUACCUGGCUCGUACAAAGUACAGAGCCAUUAUGUCGGCCACCCGCACACUCCAAAAGUACAGCAGAAGCUUCUUAACCGGGGCUAGACUUCACCGGCACUACCUGAAACAGAGGAGUGCUUGCAUAAAGUUGCAGGCAGCUUUCAGAGGGUGGAAGGUGCGGCAUAACCUGGCCUUUCGCCACAAGGCAGCCACCACUAUUUGUGCUCACUACAGAGGGUGCAGGGCUAGGUUGGGCUACAGAGCGCUGUGUCACAGUACUAGAGUGGUUCAGGCAAGAUUUAGAGCCAAUGUCCUGGAAAGAAACCAGAGGAAGGUAUUCCUGUCGUUGAAACGUGCUGCUCUCUUGAUUCAGUGCCGCUUCAGAGGUGCUCGGGUUAGACGGCAGAUUGCUUUCGAGCAUGAGGUGAAGCAGAGUGCUGCUAUCACCAUCCAGAGGGUGUUUCGAGGUCACAUCCAGAGGAAAAUGUAUCUCUCCAUUCAGAGGGCAGCCAGAGUCAUCCAGUGCCACUGGAGAGCCACCCUCUCUAUGAGGGCAGAGCAGAGGGCCUUUCUCUCUCUGAGACAGAGUUCCACUGUGAUCCAGGCUUGGUUCAGGGCUAAACUCCUGGCAAGAGAACAGAUGGCACUUGAGAAUCGAGCAGCUACGAACGUUCAGAGGAUCUUCCGAGGUUUUCGUGAGAGGAAGAGGUUUUCAGCCGUGAGAGCUGCUGUGGCAGUCACCCAAACAAGGUGGAGGGCAACACUCCGCAUGAGGGCUGAGAGGUCAGCGUUUUUGACUAAAAAGAGGCGCGUGGGGAUUGCCCAAGCAGCGGUGAGAGGAUUUCUUGCCAGGAGAAGGUAUCACCGGAUGCAGUGUUGUGCCGUGGUAAUCCAGGCAAGGGUAAGGAGUCACCUAGCAAGGAGACGUUAUCUUCAGACUCGUGCAGCUGCAAUCAAAAUUCAAGCUCGCGUCAGAGGUAUGCUUGGGAGAAGGGAGUACAUCAGAUCUCAAAGAGCUGCUGUCACUCUUCAGGCUGCUGUAAGGGCAUUUCUUGCCCGGAGAUCGUUCCUGGGCCUCAGAUCUGCAACUGUUGCUCUUCAGGCUAGGGCAAGAGGAUACCUUGCCCGGAGGCACUUCCUAAGGCUUGCCAGGGAACACGGGGCUGUGGUUAAGCUCCAGGCUGCCAGUCGUGGGUACCUAAUUAGGAAGCAGUUUAUACACCAGAUGUGUGCUGUUGUCACACUACAGUGUCAUGCACGACGCUACCUGGCCCAGAAGAGGUAUAGCACUGCUAGAAGAGCGGUUGUUGUCAUUCAGAAAAACGUGAGGCGUUUCAUUGCUCAACAGAGAUACAGAAAAACACUAAAAGCAGUUGUUUCUCUCCAGGCUAACGUGAGGCGCUUCCUAGCAAAGAAGGAGCUAUGUAAGAUGAGAGCUGUGCUAGCCAUCCAAGCUCUAGCCAGGGGAAGGGCAGUCAGGUGGCAAGUAGCUCAUACGAGGCGGUGUAUCCUAACACUCCAAGCUCACACCAGAGGGUUCCUAGCUCGGAAGAAAUUUGUCUCAGAAAGGUGUCACAUUGUGACCUGUCAGGCUCAGGUACGAAUGUUCAUUGCUAGAAGACAAUACCGGCGUUCAUACAGUCGUGUUGUACUGCUGCAGUCGCAGACAAGAGGGUGCCUUGCCAGGCGUACUUACCACAAGAGCAGGGAGGCUGUCAUUACGCUGCAGGCUGCAUUCCGGGGCAGACGAGCUAGGCAGAUGUUUGCAAAGACCAGGCAAUCAGUCAUAGUGGUGCAGUCCUGGGCAAGAGGGUACAUUGCUAGAAAGAAGCACCAGCACACCAGAGAUGCUGUUGUACUCAUCCAAGCACACUGCAGAGGCUAUCUUGCUCGUUGCCUUUAUCGACGGGAGAAGUCAGCCAGAUUGGUGCAAGCUGCUGUAAGGGGCUAUCUAGUCAGAAGUCAUUACCGGCAGACUAGACGUAGAGUCAUUAUCUGCCAGGCAGCCGUCCGUGGUCAUCUCAUACGGAAGAAGUUCCAACAGUUACGUAGGGCCGUCUGUCUUCUCCAGUCCAAUGUUCGUACCUGGCAUGCAAGACGGCAGUUUUGUCAAAAUCGUACCAAAAUCAUUGCAAUUCAAGCACUGGCUAGAGGCUUCCUUGCGCGUCGCCACUACCAGCGAGAAAAGUCUGCCAUAUUGGCACAGGCAGUCGUGAGGGGAUACCUGGUCAGAAAACACUACCAGAGAACCAGAAGUAGUGUCAUUCUCUGUCAGGCAGCAGUUCGUGGUCACCUGUCAAGAAAGAGGUACCUUGAUUUGUGUAGGGCUGUGUGUCUUCUACAGUCCCAUGUCAGGGCCUUGAUUGCAAAAAGGCAGUACUGCCACGAUCGCACCAGAAUCAUCAACAUCCAAGCAUUGGUUAGAGGCCACCUUGCACGACGGCAGUACCACAGUGUUAGGACUCGUGUGGUUGUCUGCCAGGCUGCCAUCCGGAGGUUCCUGGCACGGAAUCGGUACAGGAAGAUCAGACUUACCGUGUGUGGCCUACAAGCACAUGCAAGAGGAUUGCAACUCAGAAAAGAAGUCCAGAGACAGAGGGCCAGCAUCGUAAAGUGCCAGGCUGUUGUAAGGGGUCAUCUCGUUCACAAGAGGUUUAAGCACACUGUAAGUAGUAUUCGCUCUUGUCAGGCUGCAGUGAGGGCAUUUCUGGAGAGGAAACGUCGCCGAGAAGCUGCAACUCUUCUGCAGGCUGUCGCCAGGGGCUGGAUCAGCAGACGGAGGUCCAGGAGAGACUUGGCACACAUCACCCGAGCUCAGUCUACGGUGAGAGGUUAUUUGGCCAGGAGACAGUACCAGAGGGAGAGAGCUGCAGUGGUGGUGUGCCAGUCAGUUGUGCGAAGGCACCAGGCAAUGGGGCGAUACAGCCACGUGCUGCAGUCGGUUAUCCUCCUCCAGGCUAGGGUUAGGGGUAUCCUCAACAGGAGACGGCAUAGAGCAAGGCUUCAGCAUCUAGUGAAGUGUCAGGCCUGUGUUCUCAGGUUCAUUUGUACACGACGCUACCUGCGUACUAGGAGAGCUAUCACAUUGUGUCAGGCAGUGGUUCGCCGGAGAAUAGCCAGGCAGAAGUAUCUGGCAGUUAGGAACCACGUAAUUCAGAUCCAGGCUUUCUCCCGAGCUGCCCUAGCAUCGAAAAGGUACAAGAGAUUGAAAACUGCAGCAGUUGUUGCUCAGGCCCACCGGCGAGGUCUUGUCACCAGGCGAAACUACCUGAGACAGCAGAGGGCAGCUCUUACACUGCAGACUCAUGUCAGAGGUUGGGUGGCCAGGAAGCACUACUCAAAAGUUAUAAAAGGGGUGCAGGUAGCCCAGAAAUAUUACAGACGACAUGUCAGUAGAGCGAGAUUUGUGCAGUUGAAGUCAGCCACUAUAGUGCUGCAGUGCUACACCAGACGUUGGAUGGCAAUGCGGAGAUUCAAAUCUCUAGCCAUUGAGAUAAAACGGACGCGGGCUGCAGUGACCAUUCAGUCAGCAGUUCGUUCCUUCCUUGCCCAAAGGCGAUAUCGCAAAUAUAGGCAGGCAGCCAUCACACUACAAUCCUACACCAGACGAAAACGUGCCAUGGAUCUACUGAACACUAUCAAGGGGAACCAAAGGAGGGAGAGUGCUGCAAGAGUCAUCCAGAGUGCCUAUCGCAGCUACGUGGUCUACUGGCGGUACCAACAGACCAGAGAGGCGUGUGUGGUGAUCCAGACCCAGUGGAGGGGGUGGUUGGACAGACGGAGGUACCAGAGACUGCGGUGGGCAGUGGGUGUGGUGGGAGAGAGGUACGCUGCUGUAAGGAGAGGGAGGGAGGUGAGGAUGGAACAGGGGAGGUUAAAGUGGGCUGCUCUGGUGAUUGAAGAACGCUAUCUCGCCCUCAGAGAAGGAAGAAAAGAUUGUCAGUACUACCAGAGGUUCUAUGGAGCAGUGCUGUAUGUCCAGAGGUGUUUCAGAGGCUGGUCCAUGACAAGGACUCUCAGAGGAGACUACCUGGCCAUGAGGAGGGCAGCUGUUGUGCUCCAGGCUGCAUGGAGGGGAACACUUGCCAGGAGACAACUCACUGUAAGUCUCUGUCUAUUAGUAUGUUUGUGUUGUUUCUAUGUCUGUUACUGUUGUGUGUGUUGCAGAGUAUCAGGUGUGCUGUCAAGCAGGAAAAGGCAGCUCUUGCCAUUCAGGCAAUGUGGAAGGGUCGCAUGGUACGCAAAAAGCAGUCAACCCCGGCAGUCCGAGCAGUGAGAGAGAGGUUGAGGCAGGUGAACGCCUCAGCCCAGAGGGCCCACUCUAUCAGACACAGGCUACCAGCCAUUUUGCAACGACUCAAGAAGUGCAAGUACCUCUCAAGUUUGGACAGUCAACUCCACACCCUAGAGUUGAUGACUCUGGCCAGUGAGUCGUGCAGCAGGGCUCUGGUGGGGGCAGACUGUCUCCCAGUUCUCCUGGAGCUGAUAGACCAGACCAACCGGAGCCAGGCUGCUCUGGUGGUGGUGGCCGGCAUCAUCAGGGUCCUCUCCAACAUUGCCAGGUGGAACUCGACCAGGAGCAGCCUCUUCCUCUGCCCCCAGUCGGCGCAGGUCCUCACAGACCUGGUGUACAGAGUCCACACCUCCCAACUACCACUGGUCCAGUCCACUCUGGAACUCAUGGCCUUCUGCGCCACUGGAACUAAGGUAAAGGCCAGUGGAACAACUGUGAAGAAGCUGUCUGCUAUGAGAGAUAACCUCACUCGCAGAGGCACCAUGACAGCCAAGAAAGGCCCGAAACAUAACACACUAACAAAACAUCUUGACAAGAUCCUGAAUUCACUUUCAUAAUAAUACACACCAUUGUCAGACUUGACACAUUUUUAAAUGCAUUGGACAUUAGUGUCUCAUAAACUAUCCUUUUAGCUACAAUUCUUAUGUUUCUCUGCCUAUUAUGUCAGUUGCAAACUUUUGGUGAAUCUUCUUCCCCAGUGAGGCUAGGCGAUUGCGAUACUCCAAGUUCUUGUAGUGGUUCUCUGGGACUCCUGAGUAGCCCUCCAUGGCACCCCAGCAGGCAGCAGCAACGAUUCCUGUGCUGUCAGAGUCUCCUCCGUGCAGCAUGCUGUGCUCACACAGAUCAAUCCACUGCCGCCUCUUGUCUCCCGCUGGUCUCCACGUGUUGAGCAAGGCCUCGUAAGCAAUCAUGGGGAGAUCGUGACCACUGGGACAUGUAGCUCAAACUGCUAGGUC